AUGGGCGUGUAUUGUAUACAAAGAAUAUUCAAUUAAUAUUAUAUAUAUAUGAACAUAGUUGAGUACCGAAAGCAUCGGAAUGAAAACUAAAUCAGAACUUGCUGCUGCAAAAGAAGAGCCCCUUGGGAAUUACAACCAGACAGAAAAAUUCUGAUUGGUACCGCAGAUAAAAAUAUUCCCAAUAAUAGAGUCGAGACUUCAAAGUAUAAUAUGCUCACAUUCUUACCCAAAAACUCAUUGGAAUAAUUUAGGAAAGCUUCCAAUUUGUACUUUUUGCUUUUGGGCAUCUUUCAAAUCCUACCAUCAGUCACCACUACUGAUGGACAACCCACUGUGUAUUUACCUCUGUCAUUCAUCAUUAUGGUCAGCAUGAUCAAAGACUUUUUUGAAGACUUUAAAAGACACCGAGCAGAUGAUGAAGAAAACAAUCGAACAGUAUAAAAAUAUUCACUUCGAACAGGAGUCUUUGAGUAUGAUAAAUGGUAAAAUGUGUAUGUUGGAGACAUCAUCAGAAUUGCAAAUAAAUAGAGAAUUCCUGCUGAUAUUAUUAUCUUAGCUACUUCUAAGGGAGGAGAAUGCUUUGUAGAAACUAAGAAUUUAGACGGUGAAACUAAUCUCAAACCCAAAUAUGCACAUCCAUAAUUGCAAACCUUAUACAAAUAGCUAAAUGAAAAAGAAUUUGUAACCAUGGAUUUUGAACGAUAAAAUCCUCUAAUGUAUAAAUUUAAGGGUAGCUUCAAUAUUGUUAAUGAAAAUAAGGAAUUACCAAAGGAAGCAUUGAAUUAUGAAAAUUUCUUAGAAAGAGGGUGUUCUCUCUAAAAUACUGACUGGAUUUUGGCAGUUACUGUAUAUACAGGACAUGACACCAAGAUUAUGAUGAACUCGAUUAUAGGAAAGAUGAAAUAUAGCACGGUUGAGAAAUUGAUGAGUAAGUAGAUCUUAUGGGUAUUCUUGUUUUUGUUGUUUGAAUGUAUUUUUGCAUCAACAUAUUAUAAUAUAUGGUACCAAAGAAACAUGAAUGAAGUACAAUCAUAUUUGAAUAUUGAUAAAAAUGCUCCAGAAAACAGUUCCUUUUACAAUUUUGUCUUAAGAUUUGCAAUGUGGUUCUUAUUAUUAGGUAAUAGUGUCCCAAUAUCGUUAUUGGUUACUUUAGAGACUGUCAAGUUCUUUUAAGCUUAAAUGAUUUAAUGGGAUAAGAAUUAUCUAACACUUGAUCGACCUGCUGCAGUUCAUUCCUCAAAUCUAAGUGAAGAAUUGGGAGUUAUUGAAUAUAUAUUUAGUGAUAAAACGGGAACAUUGACAUAGAACAUUAUGAAAUUUAAAUCUCUUAUUAUUGAUGAAGUUGUUUAUGGCGAUAUCGAGGAAAAAAGCUAAAAUUAAUAAGAUGUAAUAGAUGAAAAACCCUUUUAAGAAAAGCAUAGAAUUGUAUCUUAAAAUGUUGAUUUUACAGAUGAUGCCCUAUAUUCUGAAUUGAUCUCUGAAUUUAUGAAUAAAAAAUCAGCUCGAAAUUUCACAAGUAACGACCAUGUGUUCCUAAGUCUUCUUUGUUUAUCCUUGUGUCACACAAUUUAAACAGAAUUAGUCGAGAAUAUUGAAUCUGAGAUUUAAUAUAAUGCUAGUUCUCCAGAUGAGUUGGCAUUAGUUAGUUUUGCAGCUGAGAUGGGAUUUAAAUAUAUUGGGAAGGAAGAUAAUGUGAUGAAGGUUUACAUAAAGCAUACAAAGGAAAUUUUAAAGUUUUAAAUUUAGUAGGUUAUUGAAUUUAAUAGUACUAGAAAAAGAAUGUCAAUAGUGUUAAAAGAUUAAAAUGGAAGAUUAACUUUAUUUUGUAAAGGAGCAGAUAAUGUUAUUUUAUCUAUGUUAUAAGAUUUUGAGGAGAAUGAUACUAUUUAGAAAAAUAUCUUAUUUGAAAUAAAAAAACAAUUACAAGAAUAUGCCACUAUUGGACUAAGAACUCUAGUGUUGGGAUACAAGGAAUUGGAGUAAAAAGAAUAUGAAAAGUUUUUAUCUGAAUAUAAUAGAGCGUAAUCUAUUUUAGAUGAUGAUUAAUUGAGAGAAUCACUGAUGAAUCAGUUAGAGGAAAUGAUUGAAAAUAAUUUAUAGUUAUUAUGUGCAACAGCUAUCGAAGAUAAAUUAUAAGAUAAAGUUGGAGAAGUAAUUGCUGAUUUAAAAUCUGCUGGAAUCAAUGUGUGGGUUUUGACUGGAGAUAAGAUUGAAACAGCCAUUAAUAUUGGAUUCUCAUGUAAAUUACUUACAGAUUAGGUGAAAAGAUUUAUAAUAGACGGAGAUUCAGAAGGAUAGGUUGAAAGAUAAUUAGCCAAAGUUACCAAUAGUAUUAAUGAACAACCUGAAGAACCGUUAUCAUUGAUAGUGUCAGGAGUGGCUCUUGUUAUAAUCAUACACAAUUUUAAAGGAGCGUUUUUUAAAGUAGCCUUGAAGGCUAAUGCUGUGAUGGCUUGUAGAGUUUCUCCAAAAUAAAAAUAAGAAAUUGUGAAUUUGGUUAGAAAAUUGACUGGCAAAAUAACAUUAGCCAUUGGUGAUGGUGCAAAUGAUGUGGCUAUGAUUACUUAGGCUCAUGUUGGUAUUGGAAUUAGAGGUUUAGAAGGGUAGUAAGCAGCAAAGGCAAGUGAUUAUGCUAUUGGAGAAUUUAAACAUUUAAGAAGGUUGUUGUUUUAUUCUGGACACGAAUCCUAUAGGAAGAACAGCAAUUUAAUUCUAUUUAACUUUUACAAGAAUCAAUUAUACAUCGGAGCAUUUUUCUUUUUCGGUUUUUCAAAUGGAUUUAGUGGAUAAAAUCUGUAUGAUUAAUGGCUUUCUUAAAUUUUUAAUGUAUUCUUUACAAGUUUACCUAUUAUUCUAUUUGCUUUAUUUGAUGAGAAGUAUCCAAACUCAAAUUAUAUGCAAUUGGUUUAAGAUAAGGCAAAUUUCUUAGAAUCCAGGCCUGAUAUUUAUAGGGAGUAUUUGACUAAGCCUAUCUUUAACUUAGUGUCCUUUUGGCAAUAAUUCUUAUGGGGAUUGUUUUAAGCAAUAUUGUUAAUGAUAAUUUCAUUUUAUGCAUUUGAACCUAUUUCACCUCAUUUUCAUGGAUAGAAUUCUACAUACUUAGAAGCUGGAAUGACAAUAAUGAGUGCAGUUGUAAUUAUUGUAAAUUUUAAAGUUCUCCUGCUACACAAUACUAAUUAUCCAAUCAUAGUCUAUAUUAACAUUGGAUCAACCACCUGCUUUAUAUUAUUUUUCUUACUUUUCUCUCAAUACCCCUUUUUUGAAAGCUUUGAUCUCUUUCAAAGAUUGUAUGAGUGCUUUAAUUACUAUAUGGCAAUGAUAUUGAUGUUGACUGUUACCAACUUCUUUGAUCUCGGGAGACAGAGAUAUAAUUACUUUGUGGAUUAACAAAGAGAACAUCAGUAAAACAACCCACCAACUUAAUUAGAAAUUGAAAUGUGA